AUGAAUGAAAGGACACGUUUAAAACAAACUUCAGAUGAAGAAGCUCAAUAUGAAUAUGAAGAAGAAGAAUUUAAAUUUUCAAAUCAAGCUAAAAUUACAAUGGGUUUAUUUAUAAUAUUAAUGCUUGGUUUUUUCACUAUUUUGCUUCCAAACUAUUAUAUACCAAAAUCAAUAACAUUACAACCAAUAAUAAAGGUUAAAGACCUACAAGUUUCAUUAACUCCUGACAAACAUAAGUUACUUAAAGAAAGACUAAUUUUGAUAGGUGACGUACAUGCUCAUCUUAAGGAGUUUAAAAAAUUAUUGAAAAAAGCUGAAUAUAAUAAAAAAGUCGACCAUGUAAUUGUAUUAGGGGAUUUUAUAAGUAAAGGACCAGAUAACCUACCAUUAUUGAAUUAUUUAAUUGAAAAUGAUAUUGAUUGUAUUUUGGGUAAUCAUGAAUUUUCAAUCUUACAAAAUUAUGCCACGUUUCAUGGAUUAAAUCAACCAAACUUUGAAAAAGAUCCACAAAAAGAAGGUGAGAAGGUUGUUGGGCCCCAUGCGACUUUAAAAUAUCCAGAAAUUGUGAUCAAGGAAGAAAUUGGUUAUGAAAAUUCAAAUGAGAAUAUUGUUAAUGCUCAUGUAUCAUUAAAUAAUCCGAAAGUUGUAGAAGUUAUUAGUACAAAAGACUCAGGUGAUUUCUCCAAUGGUAAAUUGUUCAAAGAUAACAAGAUUACCAAGAAAGAUUCUUUCAAUAAUGAUCCAGAUUUUUUAUUAGCUAAAAAAUUACAACCAAACCAUGUUAAAUAUAUUAAUCAAUGCUCAAUAAUGAAGACAUUAGGUGUUGUUCCAAAUGGAAAUGGUGUUGCUGUACAUGCUGGAUUAGUACCUAAUCGUCCACUUGAACAACAAAAUCCAUUUGAUAAUUUAUUUAUGAGAAAUUUAAUAGCUCCAUUUUAUAAUGAAACGUGUGAAGAUUAUGAUGUUCCCAAUUCAAGAAGUUGGAGUAAAGUAUAUAAUGAAAUUAAUGAUGAUGACACCGUUGUUUAUUAUGGACAUGCAGCAAGUAGAGGAUUGGAUAUUAAGAAAUUUACAAAAGGUUUGGAUAGUGGUUGUAAUAAAGGAGGUCAAUUGAGUGCUAUGGUAAUAAGAAGAAAAGGUAAGAAAUUGGUUGAAGAAGUAGUACUGGUUAAUUGUUAA